UUCUUUCUGUCAUCUUCCACUGUGAGCAAGUUUCAUUGUUCUCUGUUUGAAAGAAGGAAAAGAUGGUUGCUCCUCUUGCACUCAUCUUCAUGACCCAGUGGAUGCUGAUGAUCACCCAGUUGUGUGUGUUGGCUGGCACUGUUCCAACUGCAGAGAAUAUGAAUUGCACAUUUGGAAAUAUGGCACCUCCUCUGCACAAUGGGGUCAGCUUUUCUGUUACAACACUGAACAUGAAUGGCACAUACUCAAGCAUCUGCAGAUCUAUUCCUCAAGGCAUGAAUGGGUCAGCCAUUGAAAAUUUCUCCUGUGUGAUUUUUAAUGUUUCCCUCAUGAACUGCACUUGGCAGGCAGGCAGGGAUGCUCCAGCAGAUACCCAAUACUUUCUCUACUGGCAGAACUCGAGAUAUGACGAUGCAACAGAAUGUGAAUUUUAUAUUAAAGAUGGAAAUGGCAGAAAUUUGGGAUGUAGAUUCCAGAAUGUGAAAAUAGAGAUUGAAAAAGCUUACUUCCUGGUGAAUGGGUCUAGCAAAGACUCCGUGAUCCAAUUCUAUGAUGAGUACAUUCAACUGUAUAAAAUUGAAAAGCUCAUGCCCCCAUCAAAUAUCACUGUCAGCUGUGAUGAAAUUAAAACUGAUUGCCUAAUUCAGUGGCAACAACCCCAGAUAAGUCAUUCUGGCAAAGACAAGUGUUUCAAAUAUGGAAUCAACAUCAAGUACAAGGAUAAUCCUGAGGGCAAAGCCAAAUACACUUCCAUACAAGAUGGGGGAAAUAAUCACACAUUUCAGAGAUCCAAUACAAGAAAGAAGUAUCUCUUGCAAAUGAGAACAGGUGGCACCACCUGCCUUGUGAACUCAGCCUGGGGGGAGUGGAGUGAACCUCUGGAGUUUGGAAAUGAAGAAAUUAUUUCUUCUUCUGUAUGGACUUUACUAGUGGUAGCAGCUGUGACCCUCUUAGUGGCAAUCAUAGCAAUUUUGUUCUGUAAAAGGACUGGCUUCUGGAAAGCAGCAUUUCUACAAAUCCCAGAGCCAAAAAAUGCAUUUCAUGGACUGCCUGAUUCAAAUCCGGAGAUGAGGUUCCCCUCACCCAGUCACCAACUCUCACCUUGAGUCUCUCCAGGUGUGGGUUUUCUGCUACUCCCUCACUACUCCAGGUGUAGUGAAGUUCACUGACAAGUUACACACACAGGAUGGGAAGCAAGGUGACACAGAAAACAAUUUAAGAUAGGAUUAUGUAAGUUAACAGGACAGACUGUGGUGGUCAGAUGUGUCACUUGACCAGAUCACUGUAUCAGCCAGCAGCUCACUUGUCCAUUUUUUGUCCAGAACCUUCUCAAGUUAUGUCCAGUAGUUUCUCAUGGUCGUUUCAAUUAGCUAAACUUCAGGCCAAUAUCUAC